UGGAUCUGGAAGGAAUCGAGUAGUCGGCGAGCGUGAUGAUUCAUAGCGCGACGCUGACAGCUGCGAGUGGAAUCUCUGGGUAGAGUUUCGAACGUAGUGUAACAGUGUCGGGAUGAGUUUCUGGGGCUUUAGCUCCCGGUUCAGGGUAAGAGCACUUUCUAGAUUACAGAUUGUACAGCAACAUUUGAUGUCUACAAGUACCAUUUCGGAAAAGGAAGUACACUUAAUGAAGUCUGGAUGUGCCGGAAUAAUCACGCUCAAUCGGCCGAAGGCCCUUAAUGCUCUGAACCUCUCCAUGAUCAGGCAGAUCUACCCCCAGCUAAAGGAAUGGGAGCAGGACAAUGAAACUUCAUUAGUAAUCAUUAAAGGCGCAGGGGAAAAGGCUUUCUGUGCUGGAGGUGACAUUAGAGCUGUUACAGAGGCAGGAAAAGUUGGAGACAGACUGGCGGAAGAUUUCUUCAGAGAGGAAUACAUUCUAAACAAUGCAAUUGGAAGCUGCCAGAUACCAUAUGUUGCACUUAUUGAUGGAAUAACGAUGGGAGGGGGUGUUGGGUUAUCAGUGCAUGGACAUUUCCGGGUGGCCACAGAGAAAACGUUGUUUGCUAUGCCGGAGACGGGAAUAGGUCUGUUCCCAGAUGUAGGAGGAGGUUACUUCUUGCCAAGACUGGAAGGGAAACUUGGCUUGUUCCUUGCCUUAACAGGAUUUAGAAUUAAAGGAAGAGAUGUGCAUAAAGCUGGAAUUGCUACUCAUUUUGUAAAGUCUGAGGAGAUUCCAGCUUUGGAGAAAGAUUUGGUAUCUCUAAAGUCUCCUUCAAAAGAGGAUGUUGCAGAUUUGUUAAAUUCAUAUCACUCCAAGUGCAAAGCUGAUGAUAAAUUUGCCUUAGCGGAGCACAUGGACAAGAUUAAUAGGCUGUUUAAAACUAACAGUGUGGAAGAAAUAAUGGAAAAUCUAAAACAAGAUGGUAGUCCAUUUGCACUUCAACACUUGGAGAUAUUGAAGAAAAUGUCUCCUACAUCCAUGAAGAUUACUUUUCAACAGCUUGAAGAGGGAGCUAUGAAGAACCUGUCAGAAGUUUUAAUUAUGGAGUACAGACUUAGCCAAGCUUGUAUGAGAGGCCAUGAUUUCUAUGAAGGUGUGCGAGCAGUGCUGAUUGACAAGGAUCAAAGCCCAAAGUGGAAGCCAGCAACUCUGGAAGAAGUGACAGCGGAGUACCUGAGUAGCUGCUUUAAGUCACUUGGAGCCAAAGAACUCAAGUUGUGAAUGGAUGAAUGGUCUGAGUAUUUAAAAUAAAAAUUUUGCAAGGUGUUUAGUAUGUUUGCUUUUCUCUUCAAGCAUUUAGCAUGCUUAUCUGUAAAUGAUGUAUUUGUCAGAUGAAAAUUUUGUUACCAGUAUAAUAAAUGUGAGGAAACACUGAGCUUGUAUUUUUUGGGGAGAGCAGCCACCAAUAAGUAACAAAAACUUGUAUUUGUAUAAUACUGGUAUAAUGGUUGCCGGAGGAGGAAUCGGAAGGAUGAUAUUGGGAGAAAUGACCAAAAGCUUGCAUAGAGAAUUGAAUUUUAAUGAAGGUCUUGGAGUUGGAGGAAUUAGGAAGGGAAUUUCACAGCACUGAAGAAGAAAUAUUUCAUUUUGCCAUGAAAGAAGAGAAAUAGCAUUUUUAAUUCAAUCAUGGGAUAUAGGUAUCACUACCAAAGCCCUGUAUGUUGCCCAUCCUAAUUGAUUAGUCAUUUCAGAAGGCUUUUUAGAGUCAACCACCUUACUGUGAGUCUAGCAUAUCAUGUCCAUGCCCUAGUUGGAUUAAGAAUUUUGGAUUUUCUUUGUUUGGGUUAUAGCCAUCUGGUGACCUUUUUACUUCAGAUGCCAUGAUGGGAUUCAAACUCACCUCUCUGGAUCAAUAGCCCAAAUCUGUAGAUACUUGUUGGAUAACCACUAUGCCAUUGAUCCUCUGUUUAUGCUGUAGCAUGGAUCAAACAUUGAGGAAGCAUCUGCAGUGACAGUGAUUAAAAAGAUGCACUGAGAUUUGGGAUGAUCGUCAUAACCAGCCUUUAUUUCAUUUAUUUCAUUCAAUCCGUCAUUUGGGUUGAAUUUGAUCGUUCUCCUCUUCUUUGUCUCUUAAUGUAACUUAUUGUAAUAUUUUCCUAUUGCUGUAAAUGUAUCUGAUUUCCAGUGUUGAAGAGGCGAGUCAAAGUAGUUAUCAGUACAUAGGAAGGUAGGCAAAAAGAAAAAUCAAAGCCCAUCCAGUUCACCUUCUCCCAUCCUGCUGGUCUCACAAUACAAUGAUCAUGUACUCAAUGAUCACUUUGAUUUUUUUUUAAGCUGCAAUUAUUAAAUUUCCUAUCUAAAGAUGGCAUAUAAAUUCAAAAACAUUGAUUUUACUGAAUUAUAAAUUUCCUUUUUUUUCUUACUGGAAUGUCUCCUCAUCAGCAUUCAGGCAACCAUGGGGCCGAUUUCCAGGUAUCCCCAAGUGAACACUUGCUAACCCUUGAGAGUAAGUCCCCAUGGAAAAAGUCACAGCCAACAGGAUGGAGAAAACCUUUUCACUACUGAUUCCUUAAAGCCAAGAUUAAAGAAGUCAUUUUGAAAUUUGCAAUAUGGGCAGACAUAGACAAAGUCAGACAGCCACAGUAAUUUUCUGCUGAGGAUACUUUGCGACAAAUGUAAUGCAUUAUAAUGUCACAUAGUCUAGCCAGCACUCAACUCUUCAGAAAACUCAUCUGAACAAAUGGCAUACUGUAGCAAUGAUGAGUAGCGGGAGUGGGGUGGGGUUACUUUUGUCAAGCUACUUAUAAAUUACAAUCUUCAAUAAUUUCUUUCAUUUCCAAUUUUUUUUCAAACUAAUUAUAUCCAAUAAAAUGAAUUCUGAAUUGAAGUUUUUUUUUGAAAAGAGGGCAUAAAACUUUAAUUGAAAACACACAUUUAAUUAGCUGACUGCAUUCUCAUGAAAGCAAAUCCCUGGAAAUAAUUCUUUUAUUUUCUAUUUGUGGGAUGUGUGCCUCUGACAAGGCUCACGUCCUUAAUUGCCCUUGAGAAGGUGGUUACGAUCUACUUUUUUUGAAUCUCUGUUGUCCUUGUAGUGAUGAAGAUAUCACCAAGGUACAAUUGGAUGGGAAGUUCCAGAAAUUUGACCCAGCCAUGACUAAAGCAAUCACAGUUUGUCAAUCUGGUUUUAUUCUCAUUAUGUUUUGAUGUAGCAAUUUGAGACAGUCUUGUGACUUAAUUGGUCAUUUCAGAGGGCAGAAGAUUCAUCAGCAUUGCUAUGUGUUGAGAAUCAAAUAUAUGCCAAAGCAGAAUUGACAUCAGUGAAUGAGGUGGGUCUAUUACUGAUAUGCAUCCCCAGCUGCAUUGGUGAGACUAGAACUCAUGUCUUGAGACCAAGUCUGAUUGAAAUGGAAGAUAAAAUAUGCAAUCUAAUUCAAAUUGCACACUAGCAGUUUGUGUUUUUUUUCUGAAACAAAGUGAAAAUCCCAGUUUCUCUUUAUUAUUUAAAAAAAACUGACUUUCAGAUACUUCAGACUAGUGCCAUGUUCAGCAAUGUUAAAUUCAACAAUAAUUAUCAUAUUAAAAUUAUUAUUCUGGCUAAUUAGUGAAAUGUCUUGUUUGAAAUUGUUGCCUUUCAUAGAAGUGUUAUGAUCUUGGUCGUAAAAGUAAGUUGAUAGUGAUUAUAAAUUUCUCAAUGAGCAACUAUCAUUUUCUGAAUUUGUAAAUACCAUAGCUUCCUGCUGGAUAAUGGCAAUAAAUGAAGUUUACAAGUUACUUAAAUGACAAAUAAAAGAAACUAUAAAAUAUGCAUUUUGUAUUUUAAUAACUUUUGAAAUUAGUUGUUUGGUUAAAAUUGUUAUAAUGCAAAAAAUACUACUGAAUAAGUUGCAUGACAAAGAUACAGCUACCAAACCUUGAAUCUGUAAAACCAAAUCUAAUUUUUGAAACUUUAAAACAGAGUUGAGAUUUUAGAAUUUACAAAGAAUAAGAUUUUGCUUUUUCUUCAGUUUUUUUUUGUGAAGAAUAUCUACACAAAAUGUGUUGAAACAAAAUCCUUUUGUUUGUAUGUGUAACACUUGGUUUGUUCAACAGACAAGUUAGAAAUGAUGACUAAUUUUAAGAAAUGUAUUUAAAGCACAAGCAACAAAAUUUUAAUAAAGCAUCUUAAUACAGGCAAUAUUUCUAAGGAUCCAUAAUAAGUGUAAAUGGAGUUAAAACAUUACCAAACAGGAAGGCCACAGACGUAGAAUAUAUUUUACACAGACUUUUCAAUAAAUUUAACAUUCAAAGUUCAAAUAUCGACUAUUGUACACAGGAUUUUCAUUAAAAAUAUGGAAAUUCUGAAACUGAUUGGUGAUCUGUGCACUGAUAUGUAACCAGAGUAAGUUACUUUUAUCCUCAUGAUCUAUAAAACUGAGCAGUGCACUUUGAUUUAUCUUUUGAUUUAAUUUGUACUACUUUUACCAAUCAAACCUUCAAUUAUACUUUAUAUUUCCUCAUGACUUAGGAGAACAUUUCCACCCACUAAGUCUGUGCUGACAUACAGAGAAAUCCUAUUCCCCUAUUAAUUUUCCCUGUGAUCUUUUCUCCCCACAUCACCCCUCCUCCCCCUCCCAGAAUCUACUACCACCA